CAAAAAUGGAUUUUUCAGAGAAAGAAGAAAGUGAUGGUAUCAGGUUCUCCUGGAAUUACUGGCCCCAUUCAAAAGGAAUGCAAGCAGAUGUAGUAGUCCCUGUAUCAUGUUUGUACACUCCCUUGAAGGAUAUUGAGGGAAUUCAAAUGCUUGAAUACAAUCCUAUCUGAUGCAGAAGCUGUAAAGGGAUUUUGAAUCCAUCUGCUCACAUUGAUUUCAAGUUCAAAUCAUGGAGAUGUCCCUUCUGUGGGUCUGAAAAUCACUUCCCAAAUCAUUACUCUCAACAUCUGACCGAGGUAAACUUGCCUCCAGAAGUUGUGAAGACAUACACCACUGUUGAAUAUGUUUUGCCCGGAUCUUCAGAAAAACCUGUCUUCCUUCUGGUUAUUGACACCUGUAUUGAAGAAUCAGAGUUGGCAGAAAUCAAAGACUCUGUUCAACAAAGCUUGACCCUCCUUCCAGAGGAUGCUCUGGUAGGACUUAUCACCUUUGGAAAGCAUGUGUUUGUCCAUGAGCUUGGAUCUCCAGGAUUUCCAAAAUCUUACGUCUUCAAAGGAGACAAGGUAAAGACUCCUGCUCAGAUCCAAGAAGCCUUGAAGAUUAUUAACACCAACAACCCAACAGCUGCUAGAAAUCAGCAGAACUUAAAGAAGUUCCUGGUUCCUGUUGCUGACUGUGAGGUAAAUCUGAACAACAUCUUGGAUGAUUUGCAGCCAGAUCCAUUCCCAGUGCCACAAGGACACAGGACUCCAAGAUGCACUGGCAAUGCCAUUGACAUUGCAAUGGGACUCCUUGAGUGCAUUGUAGGUGUCAGAGGCUCUAGGAUCAUCACCAUGGUUGGUGGCAACUGUACCUUCGGCCCUGGUAAAGUUGUCGACGAGAAACUUACUGUCACCAUUAGAUCCCAUCAUGAUAUCCUGAAGCAAAAUGAGAAGACAGUUUACAUGAAAGAUGCCAUGUCCUUCUACGAAGGCAUCUCCACCAGAGCUCUUAAGAAAGGAAUUGUCAUGGACCUCUUUGUUGCCUCUGUUGAUCAGUCUGGAGUCUUAGAAAUGAAGAGUCUAUUUGAAAGAACUGGUGGAUAUUAUAUCAUGACUGAUAGUUUCCAGAACCCAGUCUAUAAAGAAAGUUUCCAGAAGUUCUUCACAGUUGACGAUGAUGGUCACCUUAAAAUGGGAUUCUUGGGUAAAAUCAAUAUCUUCACAUCAAAGGAGUUCAAAUGAAAUAAGUGCAUUGGUGCAUGUAAUGCAAGUGGUGUAGAAAAUAUUACAGAAUGGAAUGUUGGAGGAAUAGACAAAAACUCAAGUUUGGCCUUCUACUUCGAUAUUCUUGCUUCUAAGCCUCAUAGCUCGAAUGCUCACCCUCCUGUAUUCUUACAGUUCCAAACAAAAUAUCAGCAUUCAGAUGGAAGUAACAGGAUUAGGGUUACUACGGUAGCAAGGUGAUUAGCUGCUCCAGAUGAUACUAGAGAACUCGCUUAUGGAUUCGAUCAAGAGGCAGCUUCUGUCUUGAUGGCAAGAUAUGCUGUUGAAAGGUGUAAAACAGAUGAACCUCUGGAUGUCAUCAGAUGGUUAGACAGAAUGCUGAUCAAGCUAGUCUCCAAAUUUGCUGGAUAUAAGAGAGAUGACCCUAACAGUUUCAGACUCUCAAGAGAAUUCUCUCUUUAUCCUCAAUUCAUGUUCUAUCUCAGAAGGAGUCAAUUCCUCCAGACAUUUAAUGCCUCUCCAGAUGAGACAGUAUAUUACAGGAGCUUGCUACUUAGAGAGAGUGUUGCAAACUCAUUGGUUAUGAUUCAGCCAGCUCUUUUACAAUACACAACUGACUCUGAUCACCCAAUUCCAGUCCUCCUUGACUCAACUAGUAUGAAGAGCGAUGUAAUUCUUCUGCUGGACACAUUCUUCUAUAUCUUAGUCUGGCAUGGAGAAAACAUUAUCCAAUGGAAAAAGGACGGUUACCAUGAAAUGGAGGGAUACGAAGGCCUCAAAGACAUGUUCGAAUCACCCAGAGAGGAUGCUAAAGUUAUCAUUCAAGACAGAUUCCCUACUCCAAGAUACUACAUCAGUAAGCCCGGAGAUGGCCAUGAAAGAAAGAUAAAAUCCAGGAUCAACCCAGCUAGCGGAAAAUCCACCUCAGACAACGACGACGAAAACAACAUCUUCACUGAAGACGUCAGUCUAAAGAUCUUCAUGUCCCACUUAAUAAAACUCGCUGUGCAGUCUUCCUAAUCCACACUUAACACACUCUCAACAAAUCACC